UUAUCUUGGUUUUCCUUUCCCCUCAUCCCCCCUUUUUUGGGGUUUGAAGAGCAGCUGUCGAGAUGGAUGUGUCUCUUUUCCCUACCAAGUGCAGUUUCUGGAGGAUUUUCAUACUGUGGAGCUUUUGGCUGGACCAUUUGGGAUCAGUGUUGGCUUGCCCUGGUAAUUGUGUUUGCAGCAAAAUCAAGAUCAACUGUACUAAACAGGAUGAUGGCAACAACUUUCCCCUUUUGGAAGGACAAGAUUCAGGGUCCAGUAAUGGUAACACAAGCAUCAACAUCACCGAUGUCUCCAGGAAUAUAAUUUCAAUACAUAUAGAAAACUGGAAAGGCUUGCAUACGUUGAAUGCUGUUGAUAUGGAACUAUACACUGGCCUUCAGAAUCUGACAAUCAUGAACUCGGGACUCCGGAGCAUACAGCCCAGAGCAUUUGCUAUGAACCCACACCUGCACUACAUAAAUCUUUCUGGAAACCGUCUAACAACUUUAUCAUGGCAACUUUUUAAAACCUUGGAACUUCAUGAAUUGAGAAUAGAAAGGAACCAUUUUAAUUGCAGCUGCGAUAUCCGUUGGAUUCAGCUUGGCCAGGCAAGAAAUGAAGCAAACUUGAGAAACCAGGCACUUUAUUGCAUGAACAUGGAGGGCAAUGUCAUUAAACUUCAGGAAAUGAACAUCUCACAAUGUGAUCUUCCUGCAAUCAGCGUGAGCCACAGCAAUCUGGUUGUGCAUGAAGGAGACAAUGCAGUGCUUACCUGUAAUGGCUCUGGUUCACCAUUGCCGGAUGUAGAUUGGAUUGUUACAAAUCUCCAUUCAAUAAACACGCAUCAGACCAAUGUCAACUGGACCAAUGUGCAUUCUGUUAAUCUGACUCUAGUGAAUGUAUCUGGAGAGGAUACUGGUUACACCUUGACCUGCAUCGCAGAGAAUGUAGUGGGGAUGACUAACGCAAGUGUGACACUCAAUGUGUACUAUCCACCUCGGAUAUUGAGUUUGAAAGAACCGGAGUCCCGGCUUGAACACUGCAUAGAAUUUGUAGUACGUGGGAAUCCUCAGCCAAACCUAACCUGGUUUCAUAAUGGGCGAGAGUUCAAAAUGGGGGAAAUUAUCCGCACUGAGUACUACCGUCGGGACAAUGUUUCUGAAGGCUGUCUUCUUUUUAAUAGCCCUACACAUUAUAACAAUGGAAAUUAUACUCUUUCUGCUUCUAAUGAGCUUGGAGUUGCCAAUCAAACGGUAUAUGGGCAUUUUCUGAAAACACCUUUCCCAGGUAGGAAUUAUUUAAUUUCUUUUGUUUCUGCAGCAGAUUAUGGAAUAAGUCCCACACCUCCAAUCAGCGUGACUCAUAAACCAGAAGAGGACACUUUUGGCGUUUCAAUAGCAGUUGGGCUUGCAGCUUUUGCAUGUGUUUUGCUGGUGGUUCUCUUUAUCGUAAUCAAUAAAUAUGGAAGACGGUCAAAGUUUGGAAUGAAAGGUCCUGUGGCAGUUAUUAGUGGAGAAGAAGAUUCUGCAAGUCCACUCCAUCAUAUCAACCAUGGGAUAACGACACCAUCAUCUUUAGAUGCUGGACCAGAUACCGUUGUUAUUGGAAUGACUCGCAUCCCAGUUAUUGAGAACCCACAAUACUUCCGACAAGGACACAACUGUCAUAAACCAGACACAUAUGUGCAGUAUAUAAAAAGAAGAGACAUUGUUCUCAAGAGGGAGCUGGGUGAAGGAGCAUUUGGAAAGGUGUUUUUGGCUGAGUGCUAUAAUCUUAGUCCAACAAAAGAUAAGAUGCUUGUUGCUGUCAAGGCCCUGAAAGAUCCUACGUUGGGCGCUCGAAAAGAUUUCCAACGGGAGGCAGAACUUCUGACAAAUCUACAACAUGACCACAUUGUCAAAUUCUAUGGUGUCUGUGGUGACGGGGACCCUCUCAUUAUGGUGUUUGAGUACAUGAAACAUGGGGAUCUAAAUAAAUUCCUGAGAGCACAUGGACCAGAUGCUUUGAUCCUUGUAGAUGGCCAGCCACGGCAAACCAAAGGUGAUCUGGGACUGUCACAAAUGCUGCACAUUGCUACACAGAUUGCUUCAGGAAUGGUCUAUCUUGCAUCUCAGCACUUUGUUCAUCGGGACUUGGCCACUAGGAACUGCUUAGUUGGGGUGAACCUGCUAGUAAAAAUUGGAGACUUUGGCAUGUCACGUGAUGUUUACAGCACAGACUACUACAGAGUAAGAGUGGGUGGUCACACGAUGCUGCCAAUCCGCUGGAUGCCUCCUGAGAGCAUUAUGUAUAGAAAGUUUACUACAGAUAGCGAUGUGUGGAGUUUUGGGGUCAUCCUUUGGGAGAUAUUCACUUAUGGAAAACAACCAUGGUUCCAGCUAUCAAAUACAGAGGUCAUUGAAUGUAUCACACAAGGACGUGUCUUGGAAAGACCCAGAGUAGCGCCAAAGGAAGUUUAUGACAUCAUGCUGGGGUGCUGGCAGAGAGAACCUCAGCUGAGAUUGAACAUCAAGGAAAUCUACAAGAUUCUCCAAGCCCUAGGCAAGGCUUCACCAAUCUACUUGGACAUCCUGGGCUAGCAAAAGCCUUUCUCCUGUUUUGUCCAACCUUAUUUAUCCUCUUUUUUUCCCUUCCCUGCUUUCCCUGAAAAUGUCUUCAUAUAAAAAGGGAAAAGAAAAAAAACAAAAAACAAACUCAAGUGCCUGCAACACAUUACAACACAUAAAGAAAGCUGUAAAGGCAGAUUUUUUA